AUGGUGAUAGCUUGGAUUCAACAUUUGGUUGCCUUAGAACACAGAUCAAGCAUAGCUUAUGCCGAAACUGUUGAGGAUGUUUGGAACGAUCUUUGCGAGCGAUUCUGGAUUCAAAAUGCUCCAAGAAUUUUUCAGCUCACCAAGUCCAUCUCGGCACUUACACAGGAUGAUGAUUCAGUUAGCCAAUACUACAACCAGUUGAAAAGUUUAUGGGAUGAACUGGAGAUUUAUGAACCAAUGCCGUCAUGUUCAUGUGGCGCAGUCAAGACCCUGAUGGAAUAUAAUCACAGAAGUAGGGUUAUGCAAUUCCUUAUGGGAUUACAUGACUCCUUUGAUGCUAUUCGCGCCCAAAUACUCCUCUAUGAUCCUCUUCCAGCACUGAAUCGUGUUCUAUCUCUUGUCCAACAGGAAGAAAGACGACGCCAACUUCACUCCCCUUCUGCUCCGAUUGCAAUGGCGACAAAAAGACCCAACCAACGAAGUCAUUCUUCCUCCCGCAAGGAUCGAUUAUUCUGUUCCCAUUGCAACAUUUUAGGCCAUUCACUGGAACGAUGCUUCAAAGCCAACCCCAAUCUUCCCGUAUGCACACAUUGCAACAUACCAGGCCAUACCAAAGAUAAAUGCUACAAGCUAACUGGUUUUCCUCCAGGUCACAGAAACAACUCCAGAUCUAAAUCCUACGCUAAUCAAUCUUCACUUGAACAUGAACAAAUCGGCAAUGGACCAUCUAUUACUCAAGAGCAGUACAACCAGCUCAUCGCCUUGCUCCAAUCCUUUUAG